AAUCCCGGUCCUCUGAAACUGUCUCUAGGAGAUGAGAAGAGGGUAAAAUAUGAACCUUCUCAGGAUUGGAAUGAAUACACAACCAAAGCUGUAGAUGAUACCAUAUGGUUGGAGGACCCGGAGAACAGAUAACUGAAGUUUCUAACAACCAGAGAACUUCUCAAGGAAAUGAGUCUAUUGUCAACUAUUUAUGAAAACGAUCUGGGUUGACUCCUUGCUCACAUCAUUUCCUGGACGAAUUGAACUGCUCUGGAUCGUCCUGGACUGCUGUCAAUAAACAAAAUAAUAAGACUGAAAACUAUGAUGCUGUGAUUUUAGUAAAAAUCUUCUCCUUGAGAACCUGAACCUGAACAGAACUAGGAAUGCUGUCUAGCCUUAAUCCAGCACUUAAUCAUAUAACAAUAGUUUUAUUCUAAAGUUUUAUUAAAGACUGAUGCUUUUGUGACCUUGUAAUUUUAGCAAUAAUUUCACAAUAAUUUCGGUAACGAUUAUCCUUCUUUUCAUGAUUGAUCUUAUAGCAUUUAUGGGGCCUUGUAAAAGCCAAAUAUCCUUAAUCGUUAAAAAUCGGAUCAAAUGGAAUGCCCGACAUUAACAGUUAACGACAUUCUUGAUAACACACCUUGCUAUGAAUUGUGUGGUUUCAAUAUUUCUAAUUUGUAAAUCCUGUACAAUCAUGUCCUUACAGAUGUAAGAUGCCCCGGGUUCUACUGGUUGGAGCUGGGUUGACCAGCGCAGCUAUUGCAUGCAGGCUAGCCGACCUUCCGGUCAAACUCUCGUGUUGGGACAGAGCAAGGAAACCAGGUGGAAGAUUAACAACACACAGACUUGGCUCUAACACUGUGGAUCUCGGAGCUCAACAUCUAACUUGUCAGACGGGAGAGGAGAACACACUGUUCAAAGAUUUAAUUAGCUCUGAUAUUCUCAGACCUGUGAUGAAACCUAGAAUUCAGAAGAAAAUACUGAAAGAAAUUAAACCGGAACAUGUGAAAGUACCUUUGCUGCCUCUGGUAGCUGAGAAGUGGAAUGAAGAUGAACAUGAUCAGGACUUGGAUGAGUUUAUAACCAAGGCUGUGGACGACUCCACGUGGUUGGAGGACCCGGAGAAUGGAGAACUGAUGAUUUUGUCUAAACCGGAGAAUUUUAUUGCUUAUCAAGGAACAGAAACCGUCGUGAAACAUCUUUGGAAGAGAUCUGGUUUAACUCCUUGCCAACAUCAUUUCCUGGACGAAUUGAACUGCUCUGGAUCGUCCUGGACUGCUGUCAACAAACAGAAUAAUAAGACUGAAAACUAUGAUGCUGUGAUUUUAACUAUACCAGUGCCUCAGCUCCUAGGAGUUUAUCCUACAAUUUCUUCUCCUGGUGGAGACUUUAUCAGUAAGAUUCAAGAAAACUCUGAUAUUUAUGAAAACCUACGCCAGGUUCAGUUCUUGUCAAGUUUCUCUCAGGGAUUACUGUACAGCAAACCAACCUGUCUUAGCCUAGACUGGAAAUUUAAAUAUUUCCCGGAUCAUCCAAUUAUACGUUAUAUAUCAAUUGAUACACUCCGGAGAGAUAGACCUGAAGAACCAACUUCCAUCUGUAUCCAGACCCAGAGAUCCUGGUCUCAAGACAACCUGGAGUUGUCUAAACUUGAAGCUGAACCUAUCAUAUUUGAUGCAGCACGGGAGCUUAUGUACAAGCUUCCUAAACCUGACAAUGUUAUAACUCAUAAGUGGAGAUUUUCCCAAACUGAUGUACCGUAUCCAGGUAGUCCUGGAGCUGUCAGUCUCUACUCUACUCCACUACUAGUCGGAGCUGGAGAUUCAUUUGCUCAAUCAAAUGUGGAAGGUUGUCUAAUCUCUGCUGAUAUUGCGGUUGAAAUACUUCUUGAAAAACUAAACCUGAGCAGGACUAGAAAUACAUCUUAGUUUGGAUCUACUCGCAGAGAACUUGAACUUGAACAUCAGGAAAAAGAUUAGUUUUGGUCUCCUCUUUGAGAACCUGAUUCUGAGCAAGACUAGGAAGAUAGUUAAGCCUUGAUCUUCAAGUUGAUUUAAUCCUAUGAAACCUUUAUACCACUAAAGGCGGGGGGCAGUAUUGCAUUGUACAUUUACUCUUUUGGGACUUGAAUCUGAACAGUAUAGUUAGGACAGUAUAGUCCUGGUCUUGAAGUAAUAAGUUUACUUACUGAGAGAACCUGAAACUGUACAGAAAUGAAACUUUGUCUUGCAGUUCAUCUACUUCUUGACUACAUAAGCAGAAAUUGUUCAAAUAAGAUCGAAUCUAAGACUUAAUUUUAUUUAAUUUUUAAGUAUAGUUUAAGUCUUUAUAUUAUUAAGAUCAUUAAAUAGAUAUUUAAAUUUCAACCAACUCAACAAACUAUAUAUAUAUCAAACUGAAGGUUAGGUUUGACACGAAACGUUUAAUUAUUGCAAAAUUCAAGUUCUUUUGCAUUAAAUUUAUCCUUCAUGGUGGCAAAAGAAAGUUUUCUACAAAAAUAACAGUCGCUUAAGGGGAAAUUGGACUAGGAUACUAGGAUAAUGUUAGCCAUAGAUUUAAAAAAUUUUAACGAAUAAGACUAAUUUUUAUAGAUUCGUAUGCAUAACAUAAUCAAACGAGUUUUACUUAGUCAAUGUUUUAUUUAUUUUUAG